AUGGGCCCCUGUACCGCCUCCUCAUGCUGCUGCCAGGCCCGUAAUCUGCCAUGGGCCCCCGUACCGACUCCUCAUGCUGCUGCCAGGCCCGUAAUCUGUCAUGGGCCCCUGUACCGCCUCCUCAUGCUGCUGCCAGGUCCAGAGUGUGUCAUGGGUCCCCUGUACGGCCUCCCAUUGCUGCUGUCUCCAUCGCCACACUCUGCCAUGUGCCACUUUCAGGUCUCCUCACACUGCUGGUGGGUUCCAUUUUGUCAUAGGGUGCUGUAUGGCCUCCCAUUGCUGCUGCCUCCACCGCCACACUGUGGCUCCACACUCUGGUUUUGGCCCCGUGACUGCCCAAAUGAGUGAAAGUGUGCGGUGAUUCUAAGAUCGACGGCACUCAUCUGCAUGUCAACUGACUGACAGUAUUAUUUCUCUUCCCCAGCAGACUCCAAGGGCAUUUAAAUUAAAGGUACAGUGUUCUGCACUAAUAUAA